AUGUCUUCACCACUCGAUUCCACGCCAGCCAAUAGCGUAAUUACCCAACAGUCAUGCCACAGUGAUGAAUACGCCCUUGACAAAGAAAUCUCCCUUUACAAAAUUAAAUCUGCCGACGAGGCAUUGGCGAUGAUCCACGGCAGUGGAAUCUUCAACCACACCUUACAGCCAAAGCAGCGGCAGGUGUUCGAUAUGAUUGUCGAGCAUUUCCGCGAGUCCCUUUUGGCAAGACCAGAUCCCCUACUGCUGAACAUCGACGGUAAGGCAGGGACUGGAAAGUCCCACCUAAUCAUGCUCCUAUCCGCCACACUCACUCGGAUAGCUAGAGAGGCUGGUCCCCCGCAUGUGUGGUUUGUCCAACAGCUGACCCGUUGGCACAUUAACGGUCAACUUACUCCUGAUGAACACCUCAACGUUAUGGUAACACCAAGCCCGCGAGUCACUACCACCAACCCUCCAUACACCGGUGAUCAAAAAGAACCUGAUACCUUCAUCUCUUACUUCGGAAGUCCCAGCUUACAUGAACCAAGGAUUGUUAUUGAGGUUGGCUUCCGUCAGACAUAUUUAAGCCUCGUUGAAGAUGCGAAACUUUGGUUGGAAGGAGUGGGGGCGUGUGUGCGUAAGAUAUUGCAAGAUUACGACAUGAACUUCAAGGAGUAA